GAGCUUUUAGAGGUGUUUGGCCCUGCUUCAGCUUUAGAAGCCGAAAAGAACUUCUAAAAGCCGGGCCAAACAUAGGCAAAGUUUCUUGAGGUGGGAUGGAGGAAGAUCUAGUGUCAUUGCCUGCAAAUCCAGGAUGAAGCAAUUGAAGUUGAGGAUGAAGUGUUUUGGGUAUGAUCCCUUUAAUGCACAUCAUUCCAUCUGAUUCAGGCCUAAAUGUAUACAUUUUAUCCCUCAUUUCUUGAUAGUUUGACUUUGCCAUUCGUCGUCCCUCAACAUAUUUCACGCUAGGUUGUGCUUGUUUUGUCAUAUUUAAGGUCCUAGUACGUGUGGGAAGGUCGAGGACGAGUUUUUGGAAGAUUGGAGUCGAUAAAGCGCCAAAAAGGGCAGUAAAGUGAAGAACACUACAAUGUCAAGGGCAAGGGUCAAAUGUCACGGUCAACAGAACUUGAGAAUUGAUCACUGGGCUUGAGAAUCAAUUGUCAAGGGAAAAGGUCCAAUAUCACGGUCAUAUAACCGUGACAAUUUCCCUUUGGGAAUGAUAUUGUCUGCUUCCAGAGCCUGUUCUAAGGUUACUGACGCCCGAGUGGUUCACGGUCUGUUGAUCGUGAAAAUCAGCCAUUGACUAUGAAGAUGGACCAAAAUGACACCAUUGACAUGUGUUUUGGUCCAAUGUCUAGGUCAGAGCCCCAAUGUCACGGCCUUGACAUCUGACCGUGAGGAGUGACUGUCGGGUUCUAUAAAUAGAAGGCUGUUGGGAGAGAGAAAAGGGAGCUUUUUCUAGGUUUUCAUUUUUCAGAAAAAGAGGAUUCUAGUGGGAGGUUGGGGUUUCUUCUAGAGUGAGAAAGUGCAAAUCAAAGGAAGAAGAAGGAGCUUGGGCUUGUUCCUAGCUAGAGGAUUGAAGAUUUCUUCAUCUCAAGGGUGUCUCAAGCAACAAGGAGGAUUCUUUCUUCCCCUUUUGUUGUUUUCUCUUGUCUAUCUAUGGAAUAGCCUACCUACUCACUUGUGUAUUGUGAAUCUUAGUCUCUCUAUGUUUUAGGAUGUAAGAACAUGAACCUAUUGUGUCGAUUGAGUGUUUUAUAUGACAUUUGAGGUAUUAUUCAUGAAUGAUUGAGUGUGCUAGCUUUAACUUAAUAUUGGGUAAAAUUGACAUAGAGGGUGGAAAUUCCCAUUUGGUCCAAUAGGAAGGUAGACUUCUUAGCCACUUGGGUAAACACCUAUAGGUUGAUUUAAGACCAAAAUCUCAAGUAUCGGAGUAGGGUCGUGAUUCAACCAGGAUUGGUCUCUCCGCCGACCAGAUUAAGUUCCGAGGGUUUGGUUUGCAAUCCUUAGUUGGCUAGUCAAGAGAGUUAGGUUACCUAGCCUAUCGUUGUCACCCUUAGCCGAGAGGUUAAGUGAGUUAUCUUUCUAAGUUGUUGCAAUGAAUCUCAAUUAGCUAACUAAGAGAGUUAGGGAUCUCCUUGGUGGAUCGGUGAAGAGGGCCAGGUUCCCUAGCUAUGAAUCAUAAUCCUUAACCUAAUGGUUAAGAGAGAUAGUUCUCCUAGCUUAUAUUUGUUGAUUUUCCUUCAUUUAUCGACUAAGGGAGUUUGUCCCUAGCUAGUUGCACCCACCUCGUGGUGUAUGAACAUGUCCUUCACACUAGAGCUUUGUUUGUCGCUUCUUAGCAUGAGACUAGGAGGAGCAAUACCCCGGUGAAGUCCUCUCGAGUAGAAUUCUCCUCCAUUUACUUUCCUUGCUUGUUUGUUUAGUUUGUAGUUUUCCUAGCUCUUAGUUUUAAACCCAAAGCUGUUUUGCUAGAUAACAACUUAAGCGAUUGAAGUAGGGGUACAUGGACCGGCCCGGGUUUGACAAUUAAAUUCUUCCCCUAUACUGCACCCGGCUAGAGUUUAAAAACUUGGGCUCUAGUCGAGAUAUAAUUCACGAGGUAGUUUUGAGCGAGUCAAGUUUUUGGCACCGUUGCCAGGGAACCGCGGUCCAUUAUUUUGAAAAGGUCGCUUAGUGUUACUAUAGCAUUUUCUAUAUUGCCUUUUUCUUUGUGUGUUUGUGUUUCAUGUUGUGUUUUCGUUACCCAAUCUUCUCUUAGAAGGGUGGUUUGUGUUUGUGUGAUUUCGUUUUUGCGUUUUUGUUUGUGUAGGUUAUGAAUUAUGGAUCCCAAUGGCUUCUACAAUAUGUGGGGGUAUCCACAACCACCCGAAUGGUGGUACCCUGGAGCUUCAUGGAGCGAACAAGAAGGGGGAAGCCAAGGAUCUGGGUUCUAUUACCAACCCCCCUUCCAAGAAGAACAACCAUACCAUUGGUGAUAUGAAGAGGCUUCCCCAUAUCAAGAAGAUUUCCCUCCACAACUUGAGAAGAAAUCCAAGUUGGAGUUGUCCAUGGAAGCCUUCAUGGGACAAUCAUCAAGACCAUGUGCCACUCCACAACCGGAGCCAAAGAGAAAUUGGGAGCUCAUGGUGGAGAAAUUUUCCCGGGGUAACGAAGAGGGAUGCUCCAAUUUGGACCUUCCCAUCGCUGGCCCUAUCGACUCAACCUUUCUUCGGGAGGUGGAAGAGCUCCAUCGACGCACGAAGGGGCAAGGAGAGCUUUUUGUGCAAGCAUGUGCACAACUUGCUCGCAAUCGCCUCCUGCCAUUUGAAGAAGAGAAAGAGGAGGUGGAAGAGGCAAGCCAUGAGAUCCUUGUAAGAAUGAGCUCCAACAUGGAUUUCCAACCCCUCCCUCCUCCCGGUUUGACACAAGAAGAGAAAGUGGCACGAGCUUGUGAAAGCUAUCACCUCUCAUUAUUGGAGGAGAAAGAGGAAGUUGAAGGGGCGCUCAAUGACAACCAUGUGGAGUUAGAGGAACUCACCCCGAAGAACUCUCAUGGUGAGGAUGAACAAGAAGGUUGCAUUGACGACUCCCAUCAUCUCCCCCUUCCCGAAAGCAAUUUUGAAGACCAAGACACGAGUGUGGAGGAGUAAGAGAAUCCCUUCUAAGAUCUUGCAUGGCAUCUUGCCAUCAAAUUCGUGCUUGGAGACAUGAAUGGAAAGGAGAAAGAAGAGGUUGAAGAGGAGGAAGUGAGCAUCGAAGAAGGGGAAUACCUUGAUUCUUCCCAAUGGGAGGAAAUUGAAGAAGAAGGAAGGGAGGUUGAGAAAGAAGGAUAAGGAGCAAGUGGUGUCCAAGAUGAGGAUGAGAUCGAGGUGGAUGAAGCAUCUACAAGUUACAAGUGCUACCAAUGCUUUCCACCCGACAUCGAUGCACUUUUGGAGAAGGACCCAUUUGCGGCUCUUUGCCAAUCCAAGGCCAAACCAUCGACUAUCCCUCUUGGUAGAUGUGAUGGAAGCCAAUAUAGUUUGCACUAUAUGGUAUGGGGCAAAGAGAAUGAAGAAGAAAGAAAAAAGGAGAGGUCUCGUGGGUGGAACCUCAUGACACUCAAGUUCACCAGCCCUCAAUCACGGAUUCGUCCAAAGCUCGUGACUUUAGACACCAUGAUGACUCGAUAUUUGCACAUGUUUUCCCCUUUAUUUCUUGAUCGUUUGAGAUUUAAUUAUCGUCUUUGGCCUAUUUUACGCUAGGUUGUGUUCCUUUGUCACAUUUCAGGUCCUAACACAUAAAGUGAAGCAUAGGCG